UAUGCAUAAGAUCACACAAGAUAUCAGUGCCCCAUUUUAGGACUCUAGCAGAACUUUUGAAACAUUUCAUUUUUGAACUCUGCUUAAAAAGUCAAAAUGAGCUGGUCAAGUGGGAUCUGCGGCUGUUUCGAAGAUAUUAACACCUGUGCACUGACCUAUUUUUGCCCCUGUGUGGUGGCUGGAAAGAAUGCCGAGGCGGUUGGGGAAAACUGUUUUCUUCAUGGAUUUCUAUCCACAUUGGGAUGCGUUGGUAUUUUCUGUGGAGCAAAAAUACGCGAAAAGAUUCGCGAAAAACAUGGAAUUGAGGGUUCUUUUGGCAACGACUGUAUUAUGCAUUGGUUCUGUCCUCUCUGUGCGUACAGCCAAGAGGCAAGGGAGCUGAAGGCGCGCUGCCCAUCAGGACAAGCAAUGGCUCGAUCAUAAUAGGAAGCACCUCCAUGGGGGGGCCUCCAUAUACAACUGAUUGAUUGGAACUUGCGACUUUAAAUAUAUUUCACAGUGAGAACAUUAUUUAGCGCACCUAGAUAAGGAGACAUUUGAAUCAACACUUAGUAACAAUGGACUGCUUUACACUCAGCCAGUACUGUCGGUACUGUGACUCGAUUUACUAUUUUCCUAGUAUGCUUGUUUUGUGGAGGUUUUAAUUCGGACUUUCUGUUCUUAAACACAGUUACUUUAGGUUACUUUAUUGAGCUAUUCAAUCAUGUAAAUAAUAUGACACGUAUAACCCGUUGUAUUGGAUAACUAAGGCAUACGUACCCAUUCAAAACACGCUUUUGUAAUCUGGAUAUCAAUAAAGUUGCGGUGGUGCUUUAAAUAA